AUGGGCAUCAGAAUACACGAAGAGGUUGUCAUUGGCUUCCGUCCGACGGGCGCAGGCGUAACCAGCCAGGAGGGCACUCAGACAACAUCGACGUAUUUGAACGUGGCAUCCGUUGGCUACAAAGGGUUCAAAGCGGAGCUGCUGCUGCGGAACGACGCGAAUCGCCUGUGCCGAGCCGGCCCACGGCGGGGCUGUUCACGGAGCUCGGCGACCAUGCUGCUCUUUGGGGCGGACCCGGACGCUGCCGACUACGACGGACGGAUCGGACGCACCACGCGUUGGCGGAAUGGAGACGCCAGGGUACGAGAAAAUGGGAAGAGCGGCUGGCGCAGGACCGCCCGGGAAAAUAAAAGGGAAGCGGACGUCCGGAGUGAAACUUUAAGGGGUGCCCAGAGUGGGUCGACCGGGGGGAGAGAGAGAUCUAGGGAGGAGGAGCCCGCAGGCGGCGCAGGAGAGGGAGCUAGGGGACUAGAGUUGGGAGGGGGCGGCUCAGGAGUGCUCGGGAGAAGGAACGGAGACUCUGGAAUGGGGAGUCCGAGGCGAGGCAGGAGAAAGUUGAAAGGGCUCUGCGCAGGAGGGGAACGUUCGAUGCAAGACUGCUCGAGGAGAGGGAACGGGGGUCAGGGAAGAAGAGCGGGAAUGCAGGGCAGGUGCAAUGGCAGGUGCCCGGGAAAAAUUCUCGAGAGAUCGGUUCAGGGGGGCGGACGGCUGAAAAUGCUCAGUCGCCACGUGGAGACAAAGAUCCGGGGGUCGGGAUUGGCGAAAAUACACAAGCUAAGAAGGGAGGAACGAGAACGCGCCACGAGAACACGCUUUUUAAAGCCCGGUGCGGCGAAGCUGGAGGAAGCGCUGAAGAUCGUGGCGGGGACAAAUGAAGGGAGCAUCCACUGCUGCAGCAGGGACUACCGAAGCUGCUUCGACAUCGCGGAAACAUCUACAUCGUUCUGA